CUUUUACAUCUAUAUUGUGUGCAGGUAUUGGAAAGUCUGAUUCUAUUAUGGUCGAAAGUGGUCAGUUUUAGUGGAGGAGGUUGGUUUGUGGUUAAUUUGAGUUUAGAAAUGAGUAGUAAAUGGUUUCCUUUUGUAAAAGUCAGUGGAGGGAAGUUGCUAUUGGAGAAUCGCCAGCAAAGUAGCUGAAUUCUGCAAUUUGAAUGGUGAAAUAUAGUUCUCUGAUAUGGAAGUUAGAGGAAAACAUAGGGUUUUCUUCUGCAGAAAGAUUAUCCUUGGAGAAUGCUCAAUCCAGUGUUAUUGAAAUUAGGAACAUCCUCUGACGGAAGGAUUUAGUUCUUUUACGAUAGUAACUGAUAAUUGAGGUGAAGAUGGACUACCCCUUUCUAUCUAGAGAGAAAGGAAUUAAUAAUUGGGCUUCUUCACAACCUCAGUCGGAUGUUUUCCAGUCACCACAAGGUGGAAUGGAAAAUAUGAAUUCAGAGGAACCCAUUAGUUUUUCAGAGCUCAUGAACUUUGAUUCUUUUGCUGAGCUAUACAGUAGUCCAACAUCUGUGGACCCAGCUCUUCCAUACUACGAUAUGAAUCCUCUGCAGUCACCUGGUGGGUUUGCCUCUUUUUCUCCAUUGAAUUUUACAGCACUGAGCUCUAGUAUCUUCCCUGUAACUGAUGGGGGUUCUUUCAGUGCUGGAGUUUCCUCAAAUUGUGCUGGCAAGAUGGAAUCUCAACAAACAGACACUCAGUUCAAUUUUCCGUUGAAGUCUACUGACGCAGAGGACUCGUGUCGUAAACAAAGCAGUAGUUGUUUUCCCUCAGUCAGCACUCCAGACAUGGGCAAUGAUAUUAUUCCUAGACCACUGGAGUUAUCAUCUGCUGAUAGGAUGUUUAGGGCCCUGGGCUUAUUUAAAGAAUUAUCUGGAGGGGGGAUUCUUGCACAAUUUUGGGUUCCUAUUAAAGUUGGAGAUCAGCUUAAAUUAAGUACUUUUGAUCAGCCCUACUUGUUAGAUGAAAUGCUUGCAGGGUAUCGUGAAGUAUCAAGGACAUUUACUUUCUCUGCAAUAGCGACACCUGAUUCUUUUCCUGGGCUUCCUGGGCGAGUUUUUAUGUCUAAAACACCUGAGUGGACCUCAGAUAUAUUAUAUUACAGCAAGUCUGAGUACUUGCGGAUAGAUCAUGCGGUUGAACAUCAAGUCCGUGGAUCUAUUGCAUUGCCUGUUUUCAGUCCCCAUGAGAAGUCAUGUUGUGCGGUGCUUGAACUCAUAACUUUGAGAGACAAACCCAAUUUUGAUCCAGAGAUGGAAACUGUCUGCCAUGCUCUUGAGGCUGUAAACUUGAGGACCAAUGUACCAUUUCGAGUUUGUUCUAAGGUCCUCUCAAAGAGCCAGGAAGCUGCCUUGACUGAGAUAGUUGAUGUUCUAAGAGCUGUUUGUUAUGCACACAGACUACCACUGGCUCUUACAUGGAUUCCCGGUAGCUACACUGAUGGAAUUAAUGAUGAUUUUUCUAGAGAAAAUAUGAGAAAGGGUAAUAAGAGCAUGACUGAGAAAUCUAUACUAUAUGUUGAGGAUACAGCAUGUUAUGUUAAUAAUACUGAGAUGCAAGGAUUUGUGCAUGCAUGUAUUGAGCAUCACCUUGAGAAGGGUCAAGGUGUUGCUGGAAAAGCACUUGAAUCAAAUCAUCCCUUCUUCUCCCCUGAUGUCAAGGGGUAUGAUAUAAGUGAAUAUCCACUUGUACUUCAUGCACGUAAGUUCAAACUGAAUGCGGCAGUUGCUAUCAGGCUAAGGAGCACCUACACUGGUGCUGAUGAUUACAUAUUGGAGUUCUUUCUCCCACUCAACUGUAAAGGGAGUUCAGAGCAACAACUCUUAUUGAACAAUCUUUCAUGUACCAUGCAGAGGAUUUGUAAGAGUUUGAGAACUGUUUCAGAUGCGGAACUAGUUGGGCAAGAAGGCGAUAAAAGAUCAGGGACAAACUUCCCAUCAACAACUUUGCCUGGAGAAAGCUCUCAACCAACAUUGCCAGAUCUUGCUUUGGAUUCUAAUGAAAGGGUGGCAUUGCAAAUAUCUAAUCCUAGUAAUGAAGUUAUGGUGGCAGAUGUCCCUCAUGAACAGACUAGUGGCCCCAAGCAACAGCUGGAGAAAAAGCGAAGUACUGCCGAGAAGAAUAUCAGCUUAAGUGUUCUUCAACAAUACUUCUCUGGGAAUCUGAAGGAUGCUGCAAAAAGCAUUGGUGUUUGCCCUACUACAUUGAAAAGGAUAUGCAGACAACAUGGGAUCUCCAGAUGGCCAUCUCGAAAGAUAAACAAGGUGAAUCGUUCACUGAGAAAAAUACAGACUGUGAUUGACUCUGUUCAAGGCGUUGAAGGUGGAAUAAAAUUUGAUCCCAUAACUGGGGAACUCGUUGCAGCAACAUCUGUCAUCCAAGAUUUGGAGGCAAGAAACUACAUGUUUUCCCAUAAUAAAAUUCAGGCUACUAGAAAUCUAGAGUCAACAGCCCAAGAUUUGACAUCAAUAUCUCCAGCCCCAUAUGUGGAGUGUGAGAGUUCUGCAGUUAAGUUGGAAGAUGAUGGAUGUUCUGGGGAUACCCACCAAAUGGGGCCUAUAGGGAGCAUACUCCAGUGUGAUAAAUACAAGGGAGAAAAAAAGAGAGACAGUACCCACCUGAUUGGUUCUAGCGAUAAGCCUAAAUUUUCUGCAUCAGAUCCAGGAUUGCUACCGUUAGAGAAACUUGAAACAUUGCCAUGGGCAUAUACUAAAGAAGUUUCUCGGGAUUCAUAUUUUUCAAAGGAGAGAGGCAACUUGUGGCAAUCAAGUAAGAAUUGUUUGGAUUUAGAAAGGUCUGAACAUCAUAUCACAUCUCUAAGUUCGAGCUCUAUGCCAGCAACUAAUGAAAUAGGUAUGAGCUAUGAUGAUGGGAUGGCUGAACAUAACCAACACUCUUCUUCAGGAAUGACAGAUUCAUCAAAUGGUUCAGGCUCAAUGAUGCAUGCUACUUCUUCAAGCUCUUUAAGCUUUCAUAUGAAUGAGCGUUCAAAAGGAGAAAGGUCCAUCAGGGAAAAUGGAGUUGCCAUCACAGUGAAGGCUACUUAUAAAGAUGACACAGUGAGAUUCAAGUUUGACCCUUGCGUAGGGUGUUUCCAAUUGUUCGAUGAAGUUGCAAAACGGUUCAAAUUGCCAAUAGGGGGAUUCCAACUCAAAUACCUUGACGAUGAGGAGGAGUGGGUCAUGUUGGUGGGUGACUCCGAUUUGCAGGAAUGUCUUGAGAUAAUGGACUCUAUUGGAUCUCGUAAUGUCAAGCUCAUGGUACGUGAUUUGUCAUCUGCUGAGGGCAGCUCUGCCAGUAGCAAUUGCUUUUUCAUGGGAAACUCAUGAAGACCUUGGGACAAGAAACAACUUGGUACUCUAUGAUCUGGUUUGUUUUGUUGCAUACUAAUGAAUGAUGGACCAAACUGCAUGUUUAUUCUCCAUGGCCUUGCUUUGCUCG